GGCGCGGUCGGUGGCGGGCGGCCUCAGUGCGGAGCUGGGCGGCCGGGACGCGGGCGGGGAGAGAUCGGCGCGGGCAGGGGCGCGGCGGGCACAGCGCAGAGCGCACAAACCUGCACGAACGGCGGGACCCGACGGUGGCGCCUCCGCAGCUUUGACUCCGGCCCAGCGCCCACCGACCAGCCGCCGCCCCGCGCCCAGCCCGCCGCGCACCCCGGGCUCCCCAUGGCGCUCGAGGCCGGGGCGCCCCCGGGCGCGCGGCGCCUGCUGCCCUGGGCGGCGCUGCUGCUCCUGGCGGCGCUGGUGCCCGCGGUCUCCGCGGCGGGAGCUCCAGCUGACCACCCACUGAAGCCAAGGCACGUGAAACUGCUGUCCACUAAAAUGGGCCUGAAAGUCACGUGGGACCCACCCAAAGAUGCCACCAGUAGGCCCGUGGAGCAUUACAACAUUGCCUACGGGAAGUCACUGAAAAGCCUUAAGUACAUCAAGGUGAAUGCGGAGACGCAGUCCUUCCUUAUUGAGGAUGUGGAGCCGGGGGUAGUGUACUUUGUGCUGGUUACUGCAGAAAACGACAGUGGAGUGAGCCGGCCCGUGUACAGAGCGGAAAGCCUGCCUGGAGGUGAAUGGAUCCAGAUUGAUGGUUUCCCCAUUAAGGGUCCAGGACCAUUUAAUGAAACCGUCACAGAAAAGGAAGUGCCAAACAAGCCCCUGCGUGUCCGAGUCCGAUCCUCAGACAACCGGCUGUCCGUUGCGUGGAAGGCGCCACGCCUGUCUGGAGCCAAGAGCCCACGCAGAUCCCGGGGUUUCCUUUUGGGCUACGGGGCAAGUGGCCGGAAGAUGAAUUACGUUCCACUGGCCCGAGAUGAGCGAACGCAUGAGAUCAAAAAGCUGGCCUCUGAGUCGGUGUACGUGGUCUCCCUGCAGUCCCUGAACUCCCGGGGACGGAGUCAGCCGGUCUACAGGGCCGCCCUCACGAAACGGAAGAUUUCAGAGGAGGACGAGCUGGACGUCCCUGAGGACAUCAGUGUCCGGGUGAUGUCGUCCCAGUCUGUGCUUGUGGCCUGGGUGGACCCCGUCGUGGAGAAACAGAAGAAAGUUGUUGCGUCCAGGCAGUACACGGUGCGCUACCGGGAAAAGGGGGAGCUGGCCCGCUGGGACUACAGGCAGGUCUCCCACCGGCGCGUGCUGAUCGAGGGGCUGCUCCCCGACACCAUGUACGAGUUCGCAGUCCGCAUUUCGCAGGGGGACAGAGACGGCAAGUGGAGCACCUCCGUCUUCCAGAGGACUCCGGAAUCCGCUCCUACUACGGCUCCGGAGAACUUAAAAGUCUGGCCAGUCCAUGGCAAAACCACAGCUGUCACUGUGGCGUGGGACGCCCUGCCUGAGACGGAGGGCAGAGUGAAAGAGUACAUUCUCUCAUACGCCCCCGCGCUCAAGCCCUUCGGAGCCAAGUCCCUCACCUUCCCCGGAGAGACCACUUCUGCCCGCGUGGACGGCCUGCAGCCCGGGGAGCGCUAUCUGUUCAAAAUCCGCGCGGCCAACAGGAGGGGAACGGGGCCUCACUCCAAAGCCUUCGUCGUCGCCAUGCCGACAACCAGGACCCCGGAGGCCGACGCGAUGGACAGCUGGCGACAGGAAACCUCGCCGCCCUCCUCUCCGCCCGGGGCCGCGCCUCCCCGGGGCCGGCACGCCCAGGACCCUCCGGACUUGAAGAACAAAAUCCUGGCCCACGGGGGGGUGCCCAGGAAACCCCAGGCGGCAGAGCUCCCGGAUGCGGAGGAACUGGACCCCCAGGGGGACCCCCCGACGUCGCCCUCCGAGACCCAGGACCCGCAGCGCCCGCCCAGGCCGCCGGGCAGACCCGUCCACCCCGGCCUGGCCGGACGGACUCCGGGGAGGGUCCGCGCGCCAGUGCCGCCCCGACAGGAAGGGGUGGGCCAGCCCGGCUCCUCGCCGCCCUCCCACCCGCGAGGGGCAGCCCCGUGGGCCCCCCACUCGCCCACCGCGGGCAGCUCCCGCCGCCCCGCCGACAACGACUCGCUGGACGGAGAGGAGGACGAGCCGGCCCCGGGCUCCCCGGACCUCAAAGCCGCCGCCUCCGAGCCCCCGCGGCCCAAGAGCGCGCCCGCCCGGCCCGGCCCGGGGCCCCGCCACCCCCACGGCCCGCGCGCCAGGGGCCCCCAGGGCGCCAAGCCGGCGCUGCCCGCGCGGAGGGCGCCCCACUCGGAGGCGGCGGAGGACAGGACGAGGCCUUCGGCGCCCCACGGGGGGGCAUCCCGGCUGCUGCCCCCCGAGCCCCACGCCGGGACGGAUGGCCACGACGCCCCAGCCGCCGAGGCCCACGCGCCCUCGCGCCCCACCAAGUCCUCACCGGCCUCCUCGCGCCCGGCUCCCCGGACACAGGCCCCGCGGAGGGCGGAGGGGGACGGGGACCGGGACGGGGACCGGGACAGGGACGGUGCGGGGAGGCCGGCCGAGGCCACCGCCCAGACGCUCCGGGCGCGGCCCCUGGGACCCGGCAGUGCGCCCAGAAGCCGGCCCUUCGCCGCCCCCGGCCGGCACCCCGGCAGGUUUGGCUACGGCCGAGGCCCCCGGGUCCAGCCCCCCAGCUCCCCGGCGCCCACCCGGACCCCCCAAGCGCACCCCGCGUCUGACCUCGGGCCGGGCUCGGACAGCGAAGCGGAAGACGAGAAGCCACUUCCGGCCACGGCGGUGCGGGGCCACGUGCCUUCCUCCUCCAGGCAGCCCGCCUCCCGGGCCGGCGACCCCCUGAGACGAGGCCCCCCGCGAGGGGCGAGCCCGCAGCCGGGGGACCCGCUGGCGGGGAACCCCGAGUCCGCCGGGGCCUGGGCCGCUGCGCAGUCCCAGCACCACCCCGGGUCCAGCGCCCCCAGGAGGAAGCCCGCGGCCCCCCAGGCGGGGCGCCCCCACGGGGACCCUCACGCCUACGGGUCCCGAGGCAGCCAGCCGCCCCGCCCCGAGCACUCCCAGCGCAGCCAUGGCGGGGACCACGGCGGCAGCACAGGCGCGGAGACCCCGACGGGGAGCGCGGGCGACGGCCUCCCCCGCAGACCCGCAGGCGCGCCCCCGAGGCCCGGGCCCCCCCACGCCCACGCCCGCACCAGGGCCCCCGGGCGCGCAGGGCCCCGGGCGGCGGGGAAGAAGGACGCGGCCUCCAGGAACGAGGCCCUGACCGCCAAGUCCCCGCAGUCGGUCUCGGCCGAGGACGAGGAGGAGGAGGACACGUGGUCCCUGAAAGGAGGGCAGGACGGGGACCCGCUGUCCUCGGUUUCCAAGUGGCCCCCCGCCUCCGUCCCCGGGGGCGGUGCAUCCGCAGACCGGAGCGGCGCGGGGACGGCCUCCGCCAGCACGCCCGCCGCCCCCCGAGGGAGCGCCCCGCGGGGGGAGAGCCCCACGCAGCGGCCGCCGCCUCCAGGCAGCGCCCCCAGAGCCUCGCACCUCCCGCCCAGACACCCGCCUCGCGGCCCCAGCGCGGCCAGCGCCCCCGUGGGCACCCCGGCGCGGCCCCGGCACACGACGCGCGCCCCGCCCGCCGCCGCCACCACGCCCAUGCUGUCGCUGCGCCAGCGCAUGAUGCACGCCCGGUUCCGGAACCCUCUCUCCCGCGCGCCCGCCCGGCCCUCCUUCAGACCAGGUUACAGUGGCAGGCCCAGUGUGGAGGGGAGAGGACUGCCCAACACGAAUGGAAAGCCGAGCGGACAGAGAGUUAUCAAUGGCCCUCAAGGAACAAAGUGGGUGGUGGAUCUUGAUCGCGGGUUAGUAUUGAACGCAGAAGGAAGGUACCUCCAAGAUUCCCACGGCAAUCCUCUUCGGGUUAAACUAGGAGGAGACGGUCGAACCAUUGUGGAUCUGGGAGGGACCCCCGUGGUGAGCCCCGACGGGCUCCCCCUCUUCGGGCAGGGGCGACAUGGCAAACCCCUGGCCAGUGCCCAGGACAAGCCCAUUUUGAGUCUUGGAGGGAAGCCUCUGGUGGGCUUGGAGGUCGUCAAAACAACCACCCGGGCCCCCACCACCACCACCACCACCACCACCACCACCACCACCACCACCGAGAGACCCACUACUACCCCUCGGCCCACCACGGCAACCCUGCGGCCCAGGACCACCACCCGCCGCACCACCACCACCACCACCCGCCGCACCACCACCACCCUGCGCCCAACCACCACCAUCCGAACCACCACCACCACCACCCCCGAGCCCACCACGCCCGUCCCCACCUGUCCCCCUGGGACCCUGGAGCGGCAUGACGAAGACGGCAACCUGAUCACGGGCUCCCGUGGGGCCCCGGAGUGCGUCCCUGAGGAAGAUGAUUUCUCCGGAUUGGAGACGGACACAGCCACACCCACGGAAGAGGCCUACGUCGUCUAUGAUGAAGAUUAUGAACUUGAGACCUCAAGGCCACCGGCCUCCACCAGGCCCUCCACCGCGGCCACCACGCCCGCCGUGGUCCCAGCGGAAGGCACCAUCAGCUCCUUUCCCGAGGAGGAGUUCGACCUGGCUGGGAAGAAGCGGUUUGUUGCUCCUUAUGUGACGUAUCUAAAUAAAGACCCAUCAACCCCUUGCUCUCUGACCGAUGCUCUGGAUCACUUCCAAGUGGAGAGCCUGGAUGAAAUCAUUCCGACUGACAUGAGGAAGAAUGACCUGCCUCCUCAGCAUGCACCCCGCAAUAUCACUAUUGUUGCUAUGGAAGGCUGCCACUCAUUUGUCAUUGUGGACUGGGACAAAGCCACCCCGGGAGAUGUGGUAACAGGCUACUUGGUUUACAGCGCGUCCUAUGAGGACUUCAUCCGGAACAAGUGGUCCACGCAGGCUUCCACCGUCACGCAUUUGCCCAUUGAGAACCUGAAGCCGAACACAAGGUAUUAUUUCAAAGUUCAAGCCAAGAACCCGCAGGGCUAUGGACCCAUCAGCCCGUCCGUCUCGUUUGUCACGGAGUCAGACAACCCUCUGCUUGUUGUGAGGCCACCGGGCGGGGAGCCCAUCUGGAUCCCAUUUGCUUUCAAAUACAAUCCUGACUACACGGAUUGCCACGGCCGGCAGUAUGUGAAGCGGACGUGGUACAGAAAGUUUGUGGGCGUCAUUCUCUGUAACUCACUGCGGUACAAGAUCUACCUCAGUGACAACCUGAAAGACACAUUCUACAGCAUCGGAGACAGCUGGGGAAGAGGUGAAGACCAUUGCCAAUUUGUGGAUUCACAUCUGGAUGGAAGAACUGGGCCUCAGUCCUACAUAGAGGCCCUCCCCAGCAUUCAAGGCUACUACCGCCAGUAUCGCCAGGAGCCCGUCCGCUUUGGCAACAUUGGCUUCGGGACCCCCUAUUACUACGUGGGCUGGUAUGAGUGUGGCGUCUCCAUCCCAGGGAAGUGGUAACCAGGGGACGAGCAUGCGGAAAGCUCGCCCUGCCCGGCCCCCUGACUGACUUGCACUGCGGCCUGAGCAGGAGAAGGAGGACGUGUCUGUCCCGAGCCCCUCUGCCCCGUGUCAGCAAGGCCACGAGGCGGACACUGGAUAUUUGGGGCGUCUGCAGUCCGGACUCAGCCCACUUCCUGGCCUGGACCACACAUGGGAUUCAAUGUUGCUGUUCAGUUUGCUUCUCCACACGUUUUGCUUAUCAUAGCACAUCCCAGAGACAAUCAAAGCACACGGCUACCAGGGAUGCCCGCUGAUUCGGGGCGAUUUUCACACUUCUUAGGCACAGUAUCCAGACCAUCGGUGUCUCCAGAGAACAGCAGAAGCUGGCUUCAUGGAAUGCUACACACUUUCUUUUUUCAUCGGACUCCUCCCAGACCAGCUGACGUUAUGCUCCUGGUCUCUUUCUAUGCAGUAGAACUGGAUUACUCAAAUCAUCACCCAAGGAAAUAUAUCCCACUUAAGAUUUAUCCCAUGGACUCACCCACUGCUAGACCAAAUGUAUCAAAUCUUUGUAAAUUCUCAUUUUGAUAUAUAUAUAUGUAUAUAUGCAUAUACAUAUCCCACUUGUCUGCAAGAACGUUGAUUGAAAUCGCUAAAUUUGUACCUGUUUACUAGAUGAACGUGGGUGGGACUUGUGGAGCACAGGUGCUGUUUACGAACAUCUUACCGAAGUGUCCAGAGCAUGCGUACUCGGCAGUGGAAAGCCACGCCUCCUUCCUGCGAGUGCUGCUGAGCUGUGAGUGGCGGGGAUACUGCCGCACGGAUGGCAAACUCGUUGCAGACCGAGUGCCUUCUCUCUUCCACGCCCGUGUGGAAACGCACGGCUGUCUCUGUGGGGACAUACCUCAUGUGUUUCCAGAUUCAGAGUUUAGGUCCCAAAUGAUUUGAAAAUCCAGUCUUAAAGAAACUCCUUUCCCUUUCCUGCCCAUCUCAGUGUCGACUUCUUGAAAUAAAGCACCUUACCCCUCUU